AUGACAAAAAUUAAUAAUGGUGAAUGGAGAUUAUUAGAAGAAUUAAUCGAAAAGAAAAAUGAACAAGAAUCUCGUAUGAAUGAUACAAAUAUUGCUCAACCAACAUUAUUUGCUAUACAAGUUGCAUUAACAGCUUUACUUGUUUCUUGGCAUAUUUAUCCAUCAUCUAUUGUAUCACAUAGUGCUGGUGAUCAAGCAGCUGCUUUUGUUGCUGGUCGAUUAACUCUAGAAGAAACUGUUCGUAUUGAACAUUUGGCUUGUAUUGCUGUUGUUAAUAGUCCUCGCUCAGUAACAAUAAGUGGUGAUGAAAAAACUAUUGAUGAAAUACAACAAAUUCUUACCAUAUCUUAUCCUAAUGUAUUCAAUGCACGUCUUCGUAUUGAAAAUGUAUUUCAUUCAUAUCAAAUAAAUCGAUUUGAUACUGAAAAAGAAAUGCUUUCAUCCUUGAAAGAUAUUCGAAGACUUCCAGUACAAGAUCAAAAACAAAUUUUUGAUCCGAUAUGUGCAAAAGCAAAACCUUAUUCAAGUGUUAUUGGUGAGCAAAUGAAUGAUAGUAUACCAGUUAAUGGUCAAUAUUGGUGGUCAAAUGUGAGACAAGCUGUGAGAUUUUAUGAUGCUAUAGCAGCAAUUAUAAAAGAUGAAGCAGCAAAUGUUUUUCUUGAAAUUUCACCACAUUCAGUUUUAGGUACAUCUAUUCGUGAAUGUUAUGAAUUAACAAAUCAACAACAACAAUAA